AUGAAGCAGAAACUGAUAAUGCUUAUGUUACUUCUCCAACUUCUGUUCUUAAACUCUCUUUCUCUCACGCAUUCUUCACUCAAACCAAAUGCAACCAUCACUGUAAUGGGUCUUGUUUAUUGCGAUGUCUGCUCCAACAACAGUUUCUCUAAACACAGCUACUUCAUUCCCGGUGUGGAAGUUAGAAUAAUCUGUAGAUUCAAUGCCGCUUCUUCGAGAACUAGAGAGAUGAUAACUUUCUCCGCGAAUCGAACCACUAACGAGCUUGGACUCUACAAGCUAGACAUAACAUCUUUGGAAGGGGUUACUUGCGCCGAAGAAGCAGAGAAAGCUUCUCUAAUGGCUUCUUGUCAAGCAAGCUUGAUCGGUAGCUCCUUGGAUUCUUGCAACGUUCCUGGCUACAAAACUACAACGGAUCAGGUCGUUUUUAAGUCCAAGAGGUCUAAUCUCUGUGUGUACGGAUUUACAGCUUUGAAUUUCAAACCGUUAAAGAAGAAUCUUGACUUGUGUGGCAAGCAAUAG